AUGGCCGCCUUGAAGGAGAAGAGGACUUGUGGGCAACGAUGUGAAGACUUUGGCCAUUUUGUCUGGAACUCAGAUGAAGGGAAGUUAAUGGGCAGAACACCAGAGAAAUGGGUGUACAUCAGUCUCUAUUAUGUGGCCUUCUACGCGGUGAUGACCUCCCUUUUCAGCCUCGCCAUCUGGACGCUCAUGUACACCUUGGAUCCGUACACGCCGGACUACCAAGACCGACUAACAUCUCCGGGGGUGAUGGUGUGGCCGGACACUUAUGAAGAGGAAGUUAUUGAAAUCACCUACAACACGUCAGACAAAGCCAGCUGGAUGAAGAUGACCAAAAUCCUCAAUGAGUUCCUGGAGCCCUACAAUGACACCAAGCAGCUUGAGUGUAACAACUAUAACUGCACAAAGGGAAAGUACUUCCUCCAGAAACACUUCCUCGGACCUCACCACACCAAGUACUCAUGUCCCUUCCUGCAAAGCAUGCUGGGACCCUGCUCAGGAUUUGAGGACCCAACCUUUGGCUACAACUGCUCCAUGCCUUGUGUCAUCAUUAAGAUGAACAGAAUCAUCAACUAUUUGCCUACUAAUCGCACAGACGUUGCCCCUUAUGUAAACUGCACUGUACUGGAAGGGGAAGGAAAUGUGGCCAAAAUUGAGUAUUUCCCUGAAAAGGGAAAUAUGGAUCCCUCUUACUUCCCUUACUACGGGAGGCUGGCACAGCCUUCUUACGUCAACCCGUUGGUGGCUGUUCGGUUCAGCCUGGUCGGAGGGAAGUACGCUAAGAUCCAGUGCAGAGUGGUCUCAGAAAAGAUCAGCUACGAAAACUACCACGACCCCUACGAGGGAAAAGUCAUCUUCCACCUCAAAGCAUUAAAAUGA